UGCUCAUCUAGCACGAACCCAGACUCCGUGGCCAGCACCAGGUUAUGUUCGUGCGACUCAGAUGCUUCAACUAUAGAUUAUGGUCAGGAGCCCUUUUCUACCUUCCAGUUUCACGUUCUUAACUUCGCGAGGAAAGAAAUCUGGCCCGAUGCGGAGCCUGAGGAUAUCACCGUAGACAGACUAGUAGGAGGUGGUAAUAACCGUAUCAUCGGCAUUACACGACGAAAUGAUAGCCAGUCAGAAUCUACAAAUAAGACCCAGUACAUUCUACGACUUCCCCGAUUUGAAACUGCUCGAGUGGAUCGGGAAAUCGCCGCAUUGUAUUUCGUAAAACAGUACACUGAAAUACCCGUGCCUAGGGUAAUCAAAUUUAACGACAUCGAACAUGGGGACCUGGGUCUCCCUUACACGGUCCAAGAUCGCGUCCCAGGGGCUACUCUGAUGAUAACCUUUUCUAGGUUUAAUGCCAAUCAGCGGAAAAAAGUUGCGCUAGAACUAGGAGAGGUUUUUAAUCAAAUGCUAGGCGCCCAAAGUAGCGUAAAUGGUGUGGUGACAUUCCAGGGAAAGGAUAGAAGCUUCGACUCACCGUUGUACAUCGAACCGUUUUGGAUGAAAGACCUCCCACAGUGCAAAGCGAAAGAUCCUCAGCUGCCGGUACGAUACAGCGACUCUCCUCCAAAUCGAAAGGUUGUUGAAUUUCUUACGGCACGCUUCCAAGACCAGAAGACUCUCGAACUACUACGUCGUCCCAAUUCCACACUCAUACCUGAGUAUAUGGACAGGUUCUGUGCAAUGGCACAUGAAUUGGAUGCAGGAGGAUGGUUUGAGAAUGUACCAAGCUGCCUUGCUCAUCGUGAUCUUGCACCUCGUAACAUACUAGUUACUAGUCCGACGGAAGCUACACAGCGACCAUUUGAACCUAUUAUAAAGGCAGUUCUUGACUGGGACUCUGCAGUUCUUGCUCCAAUGUUCGUGGCCUGUGCCCCUCCACAGUGGCUCUGGGGUUGGAAAAAUAACAAGGACGAAGAUGAGGGCAUGGAUUAUAAGGAUCCUCCUACCCCAGAAGCGCGAGAUUUGAAAAGAUUGUUCGAAACAUCCGCGGGCCCAGAUUAUUUUCGUUUUGCGUACGAGCCUCAGUACAGGCUGGCGAGACGACUUGCCCGUUUUGCUAUUGAUGGUCGGUAAUUCAGUUCCCCCUUGUAAAUAAGUAACUAUCCAAAAACUCUCAUUGAAG